GCGGAGAGCUGAUGCCCGGUACUGUACCUAUGGGUUAGAAGCUCUCAAUCCUUGGCUAAUUUGCUCUGCAAUUACCACGGACGAACUACGCACGAAGUAUUUAAAGGACGCAAUUUGAAACAAUGACAUAGAUUUAUUUUUAUCCGUCACUACCACUAUUGCGGAUGUAUCCCCUCUUUUUUCGGAUUAAUUUUUGAGGUACUGCGUUCUUGAGAUCACACAUUACAUCGACCGAAGACCCAGCUAGAGAUAUCCAAUGGGCUUGACCCGCGUUUGAAUGUAACAUCAGAAUAGUCUAAAUUAUAUUCAUGGGCGGAUUUAUUUUGGGUAAUUUACUAACGGUAAGAACCGUUAUCUGACGAGUCAUAACGUUACCUUGGUAUCGCUUGCUGUCUUCAUCAGCAAGAUAUUUCGUUUCGACACGCGUUUUAAAUUAGUCGUUCCGCUAAAUCUGACUGGAAACGUUACAAGGGGAACCUGAACGCGGAAUACCACUUUCCAGAACACUUUUAAAAUAACUUCUAACAAGAAACGAAAGAAAACUGCCAUAAUUUUGUGUUCAUCAUCGAAAGGGAGCAUGUGUGUGUGACGGGUGUCAGCGGUGGGAUCUGUCGACCCCCUCCCCUUGUUGGAGCCCCUUCACAACUGGACUGGAGACCCCAUUUCGCAGUCCCCGUGGCAUCAACUUUACAGCUAUGAGGAAGUUUGCCUACUGCAAGGUGGUGCUGGCCACGUCUCUGGUCUGGGUGAUGCUGGACAUGUUCAUCCUGCUCUACUUCAGCGAGUGCAAUAAGUGUGAUGACAAGAAGGAGAGGGGACUGCCGGGGAGAGACGAGGUGGUCCAGAGGCCUCACGAUGGACCGGGUGAGAUGGGCAAGCCGGUGGUCAUCCCCAAGGAGAACCAGGAGAAGAUGAAGGAGAUGUUCAAGAUUAAUCAGUUCAACCUCAUGGCCAGCGAGAUGAUCGCCCUCAACAGGUCCUUGCCUGACGUGCGUCUCGAAGGGUGCAAGAACAAGCUGUACCCAGACGAGCUGCCCCGCACCAGCGUGGUCAUCGUCUUCCACAACGAGGCCUGGACCACCCUGCUGCGCACCGUCCGCAGCGUCAUCAACCGCUCGCCCCGCCACCUGCUGGAGGAGGUGGUGCUGGUGGACGACGCCAGCGAGAGGGAGUUCCUGAAGAGGCCUCUGGAGCAGUACGUGCGCAGGCUGGAGGUGCCGGUGCGCGUGGUGCGGAUGGAGCAGCGGUCGGGGCUGAUCCGCGCACGGCUCAAGGGGGCCUCCCUCUCCACGGGCCAGGUCAUCACCUUCCUGGACGCCCACUGCGAGUGCACCGUGGGCUGGCUGGAGCCACUGCUCGCCCGGAUCAAGCUGGACAGGAGAACGGUGGUGUGCCCCAUCAUCGAUGUGAUCAGCGACGACACCUUCGAGUACAUGGCUGGCUCUGACAUGACGUACGGUGGAUUCAACUGGAAGCUGAACUUCCGCUGGUACCCCGUCCCGCAGAGGGAGAUGGACCGCAGGAAAGGCGACCGCACACUUCCUGUCAGGACUCCCACCAUGGCCGGAGGGCUCUUCUCCAUCGAUCGGGACUACUUCCAGGAGAUCGGCACCUACGACGCUGGCAUGGACAUCUGGGGAGGAGAGAAUCUGGAGAUUUCCUUCAGGAUCUGGCAGUGCGGGGGGACCCUGGAGAUCGUCACCUGCUCCCACGUGGGCCACGUGUUCCGCAAGGCCACGCCCUACACCUUCCCCGGGGGCACUGGCCAGAUCAUCAACAAGAACAACCGCCGCCUGGCCGAGGUGUGGAUGGACGAGUUCAAGAACUUCUUCUACAUCAUCUCCCCCGGUGUGACCAAGGUGGACUAUGGGGACAUUUCCACCCGGACUUCCCUGAGGCAGAAGCUGCAGUGCAAGCCCUUCUCCUGGUACCUGGAAAACGUCUACCCAGACUCCCAGAUCCCCCGCCAUUACUACUCUCUGGGAGAGAUCCGCAAUGUGGAGACCAACCAGUGCCUGGAUAACAUGGCCAGGAAAGAGAACGAGAAAGUGGGGAUAUUCAACUGCCACGGCAUGGGUGGAAACCAGGUUUUCUCCUACACAGCCAAUAAGGAGAUCCGCACUGACGACCUCUGCCUGGACGUGUCCAAGCUGAGCGGCCCGGUCAUGAUGCUGAAGUGUCACCACCUGAAAGGGAACCAGUUAUGGGAGUACGACCCCAUGAAACUGACAUUAGUGCACGUCAACAGCAACCAGUGUCUGGACAAGGCCACGGAGGAGGACAGCCAGGUGCCCAGCGUCAGAGACUGCAAUGGCAGCCGGUCCCAGCAGUGGCUCCUGAGGAACGUCACGUUGCCCGAGAUAUUCUAAACACAAUGGAGACAGACGGAGGGCAAUCGAGAGAGGAAGGGGCUGCAGUCACACAAACAUUCGAAGAGAGAGCGAGGAACGAGCGGGAAAAUAUUUUUCGACCGGGCUACCUCGGCAAACUUCUCUGCCCUCACGGUGGCUGCAAAAGAGAAAUAAAUAACUCCCCUUUACUCUGUGAGAGACAGAGAGAGAGAAAAGACUUGGGCGCUGGAGGGAAAAAAACUUGAUUCAUGUGCACUUGCCUUUCCUAGAAGAGGCAGUCGUCCCAGUACCGCUUGCAUAUCGGUUGUUUACGUGACUGCCUCUGUUUUUUUUUAUUUUUGCGUGUGCGUGCAUGUGCGUGUAUGUGGGUGAGUGUGUGUGUGAGUGUGAGUGUAUGUGUGUUUUCCCUCCAAAAGGGGCAUUGCCUCGCUUUUGUUUUAUUUAAUUUUUUUAUAUGGAAGUACAAAAAUCAGUGAAGGUGUGAUGAAAGGGCACGCCUGUGAUUCAGCAGAAUAUGAGCCUACAGGGUGUCGCCUGGGGAGGAGGCCUACUAAUAUCAGUGUGUGUGUGUGUGCGUGUGUGUGUGUGUGUGUGUGUGUGUGCGCGUGUGUGCGCGUGUGUGCGCGUGUGUGUGUGUGUGGGUUAUCAGCGAGGUUAUGGCUUUGGAAGGAAAAGGACAAGCCACACAUGACACGGCCUGGCCAAGCAAGUCACAGCUGCUGAAACUCUUUGUCCACAGAUAUUUUAGGCCAGUUGAGUCGAAGGACUACAUACUGUGGAAAAGCUCAACAGAGAAAGGAGUCUCACAAACUCAAAUUGAGAAGAGAACAAUGAAGCAAUCAUAAAAAACAGGGUUGACUUUAAUUCCUAUAGGUUCAAAAGACAAAAUAAUCAGUUUGUGAUAUCUUCGAUUUUUAUGUAGGAUUUUUUUACAUGAAUCGUAAACAUAAUUUUUUGUUUGUUUUUACAGUUUUGUGAGUGCCACAAAAAAAGUGAUUUGAGUUUAUUUUUAAAAUUUAAAUUGGACCCUUUUUUGUUUGUUUGUCUGUUUGUCUUUAAAUAAGGUGUUAAUAUAGAGCUAACAUGUAUACAUCUAGGUCUCUGUAUAUCCCAGAACUGUUGCCUUCUUGGUCAUUUUGUGACUGACCUUGAUGAUCUAAUCUUGCUGUUUGCUCCGUAAUGGUGGUCUUUCCAUUUCAGUUUGAAGGAGAGAGUUGUGCUUCCACGCUUAUCUACUGUCGUGUGUCACCCUUUGACAGUUCCCCAAGUGACCCUCCUAGGGCCCUUUCCCUUUUUCGUGUGAUGAGCGCACGUCUAUGUCAUCGCUACGUUUCAUUGCAGCUAUCGCGCACCUUGCUUGGUCCCAGAGGGGGUGCGCUUUGGAAAUGCUUGAUGUUGACUUCACUUCAGGAGUUCUCCAGGUGACGGAGUGACGUCACCUUGCGCUCAAGCCCGUUUCCACAUCGGACUCUUCUAACCCGCUGAAGGCCCCCCUCGCCCUCACUUCCUCCAAUGGCGACAAAAAGUGGACAAUGGACACGCCCACACAUCAACUGCAUUUCAUCUUUUUAUUUUCUGUAGAUACAAAGGAACAUGAAAAAAAAACUGCAUUAUCAUAUCUUUUCUGGAUUAACAGACCAAAAGAGACCUUUACAGACUGGAGAUUAUUAACUGUGGGGCAAAUGAACAGGUGUGAUAUGGAAUCCCCCGUAAGGGUUUUAGAUGAUAAAACAGAUGAAUCACUGACUGAUAUUAUGGAGUUUUCUUGUCUGAAGGCACACACGGGCCAUCCUAUCAACAACCAGAAUUCUGGAUAUCAUUUUUCUUAUCAUAUUGCUUUUAUCAUCAUGAUUAAUUCACGUUUAAUAUGGAUGUUAACGACCAACAUCAUCAAGUUCCUACAUAUAAUACUUUAUCUGAAGUUUUCGGUAAAGUCCAUACAUUUCAGUUUCCUUUUUAAGCAGGAAAAGAGGGUGUUUACACACAUUUUUUAAAAUAAAUGUCUGUUCAUUUGUACUUUUUAUUUCAUGUUUCCGAGACUAAGACUGAAUCUUGAAGGGUUUGAUGAUUCGUAUGACUGUAUUUUAAGGGCUCCCAAAGGAGCUGGUCUACAAGGGGGGAAAUAAAGAGUGAGAAAGUGUU